AUGGUGGUUCUCAAAAUCCGAGACCAGCCUGCUCUGCUGAAAGCUAUUUUCAACGUGGACCCAGAUGAAGUACGCUCCCUCAUAUUCAAAAAAGAGGAUGUGAAUACACAGGACAAUGAGAAGCGAACUCCACUGCAUGCUGCUGCUUAUCUUGGAGAUGCAGAAAUUAUAGAGCUGCUGAUUCUGUCAGGAGCCAGAGUAAAUGCCAAAGAUAACAAGUGGCUCACUCCUCUGCAUCGGGCUGUGGCCUCCUGCAGUGAGGAGGCUGUCCAGGUGUUGCUGAAACACUCUGCAGAUGUAAACUCCCGAGACAAGAACUGGCAGACACCGCUUCAUAUCGCCGCAGCCAAUAAGGCUGUCCGCUGCGCUGAAGCCCUGGUGCCCCUGCUCAGCAAUGUGAAUGUGUCAGAUAGAGCAGGCCGGACGGCACUGCACCAUGCGGCCUUCAGCGGGCACCUGGAGAUGGUGAGGCUCUUGCUCUCCAGAGGGGCUAACAUCAAUGCCUUCGACAAGAAAGACCGCCGUGCAAUCCACUGGGCAGCUUACAUGGGGCACAUAGAAGUGGUGAAGCUCCUGGCAUCUCAUGGAGCAGAGGUCGCCUGCAAAGAUAAGAAAUCCUACACCCCUCUACAUGCAGCGGCCUCCAGCGGAAUGAUCAGCGUUGUUAAAUACCUCCUAGACUUGGGAGUGGAUAUCAAUGAGCCCAAUGCGUAUGGCAACACCCCGCUCCACGUGGCCUGCUACAACGGGCAAGACGUGGUGGUGAAUGAGCUCAUAGAGUGCGGGGCCAACGUCAACCAAGUGAACGAAAAGGGCUUCGCUCCGUUACAUUUUACGGCUGCCUCGCACCACGGGGCGCUCUGUUUAGAGCUCCUAGUGUGCAACGGGGCUGAUGUCAACAUCAAGAGUAAAGAUGGUAAGACGCCCCUCCACAUGACUGCCAUCCACGGGAGGUUUUCAAGGUCUCAAGCAGUCAUAGAGAACGGUGCUGAGAUUGACUGUGAAGAUAAGAAUGGAAACACACCACUGCACAUCGCAGCUCGAUACGGACACGAGCUGCUCAUCAACACCCUCAUCACCAACGGAGCUGACACAGCCAAACGAGGGGUCCAUGGGAUGUUCCCACUGCAUCUGGCUGCUCUUAGUGGAUUCUCUGACUGCUGUCGGAAACUCCUGUCUUCAGGCUUUGAUAUCGACACUCCUGAUGACUUUGGAAGGACCUGUUUACAUGCUGCAGCUGCUGGAGGAAACUUGGAAUGUCUCAAUCUUCUCCUCAACACGGGGGCAGACUUCAACAGAAAGGACAGCUUUGGCAGGACCCCUCUGCAUUACGCUGCUGCCAACUGUAACUACCAGUGCCUGUUCGCUCUGGUGGGCUCAGGGGCCAGCGUCAAUGACCUGGAUGAACGGGGUUGCACUCCUCUCCACUACGCCGCUGCCUCUGACACAGAUGGAAAGUGCCUGGAAUACUUACUGCGAAAUGAUGCAAAUCCAGGAAUCCGGGACAAUCAGGGCUACAAUGCUGUGCACUACGCCUCUGCAUACGGACACCGCCUCUGUCUGGAGCUGAUUGCUAGUGAAACACCUCUAGACGUGUUAAUGGAAACCUCAGGGACAGACAUCCUGAAUGACUCCGAUGUCAGAGCUCCCAUCAGCCCCCUGCACCUUGCUGCAUACCAUGGCCACCACCAUGCUAUGGAGGUGCUGGUACAGUCUCUGCUGGACCUGGAUGUGAGAAACAGCCAGGGGCGGACACCUCUGGACCUGGCCGCCUUCAAGGGCCACGUGGAGUGUGUGGACGUCCUCAUCAACCAGGGAGCCUCCAUCCUGGUCAAAGACUUCACCCAGAAGCGAACCCCCAUCCAUGCUGCAGCCACUAAUGGUCAUUCAGAAUGUUUGCGUCUGCUGAUCGGAAAUGCUGAUCUUCAAAGUGUGGUUGACAUUCAAGAUGGGAACGGACAAACCCCUCUGAUGCUGUCGGUGCUAAGUGGACACACAGACUGUGUGUACUCUCUGCUGAAUAAAGGAGCCAAUGUAGAAGCCAAAGACAAAUGGGGCAGGACAGCUCUGCACAGAGGAGCAGUGACUGGCCACGAGGAGUGUGUGGAAGCAUUGCUUCAGCACAGCGCCAACUUCCUGGUGCGGGACUGUAAAGGGCGUACCCCGGUCCACCUGGCAGCAGCAUGUGGACACAUUGGGGUACUGGGAGGCCUGCUGCAUGCUGCCCAAUCAGUGGAAACACUUCCUGUCCUCACAGACAACCAAGGCUACACCCCUCUGCACUGGGCCUGUUACAACGGUCAUGAUACAUGUGUGGAGGUUCUGCUGGAACAGGAGGUUUUCCACAAGACCGAAGGCAAUUCCUUCAGCCCGCUCCACUGUGCUGUGAUCCAUGACAAUGAAGGUGCCGCUGAGAUGCUGAUAGACACUCUGGGCCCUGCUAUUGUGAAUGCUACUGACACUAAAAACAGGACCCCUUUGCAUGCAGCAGCCUUCACUGACCAUGUGGAGUGUCUCCAGCUGCUCCUGGGCCAUAACGCUCAGGUCAACAGCAUCGACACCACAGGGAAGACCCCACUCAUGAUGGCUGCUGAGAACGGCCAGACCAACGCUGUCGAGCUGUUGGUCAGCAGUGCAAAAGCAGAUCUCACUCUGCAGGACGCAGUGAAGAACACUGCACUUCAUCUUGCCUGCAGUAAGGGACAUGAAACCAGUGCCUUGUUGAUAUUGGAGAAGAUUACAGACAGGAACCUUAUCAACGCCACUAAUGCCGCCUUACAGACGCCUCUACAUGUGGCUGCAAGAAAUGGUCUGACUGUGGUGGUGCAAGAACUGCUUGCAAAGGGAGCUAGUGUGCUUGCAGUCGAUGAAAAUGGUUACACACCCGCCUUGGCUUGUGCCCCCAACAAAGACGUGGCAGACUGCCUAGCCCUCAUCUUAGCCACCAUGAUGCCUGUGUCUCCCUGCACGCCGGCACCCACCCUCCCUUUCAGUGCCAUUAACCACUACACCACCAGCCCCUCCAAGAGCGUCACCUUCGACAGCCUGCCCGUGCUGCGCAGUGAGCACAGCUCCUACUGCAGCUUCAACAACAUUGGCCAUCAUGACGGCUUUUACAAGGACGAGGAGCUCAACGACUCAGAUUCAGAGACGUACUGAGAGGACUGGCCCGGUGCAGGACGGAGCGACAAAAUGCAUAACUAUACACACAAACACACAAACACACACACACACACACACACACACACUGUGUCUUAAAAUCACCCACCGCCAGCUUGGGAGGGCAGGAGAAGAGACAAGCCCACACAGGAGCCUUAAGAGUCCCCCAGAAAGCAAGAGAGGGAGGAGGUGCAGCAGGCUGGCCCGCACUCAUCCCGACCUCAUCCAGCACCAGGUGUCUUUCCAGCAGAUACUGGACUUCAGCUCAAUGCUGCUUCACCAACACACCACCUUCUCGAGUGCUAGAAACUGUACGUGUUGGGCGGACAGCGCUUUGUUUUUACGGCAAUAACGUGUUGAAGAGGGAAUAGUAGCACUUCACAGAAAGCAAAACGGACAGGGACCAAAAGAUGUAGAAGCAUUUUAACCCAGUUUUAACUGUGUAAAUGGGAUUGAGAAUUUUUGGGUCGUUUGUCGGGGGUGGGGGGGGGGACAAAGGAGCCAGGUUUCAUUUUUCUAAUUUUUUGUUUGGAGGCUGAUAUCCGCACACUACAACCGUCAGAACGCACUUAUCCUCCAAGUCUGUAAUUCAUAAAGAGGGGAAAUCAUUUAUUUUUUAAGAUCAAAGUUUUAAUAUACCCAUAUUCAUGUCUUAAACUCCUUGCCCUCUAGAAAAAGAAAAAUCAUAAUUACUGACCUGAAUAAUUUAAAAAUAUUUGCUAUGUGCAACAGGUUACUUUUAAGUUGAUCAACUUUACCUUUGUAUUAUGAAUUGUUCAUUGCGGUUUAGUAUUUCAUAAAUAAAUUAUUUGUGUACUUUCAGUUCUAUUUAUAUGUCAUCAUUUUGUGCCUUCAUUAGUUACUGAGAAAAGAUGGGUUUGUAGGGGCAGCUGUAAAAGUAAACAAUGAUGCACACUAGGUAAGUACUACAUUUGUAAAAAGCACUGAUCCAGUACUGAGAUAUAUGAGGCUCAGCAUGCCUUGCUUUUUGAGGAGAAACACUGUAAACCAAUGGUAGGGCAGCGGUUGAUUUUUACAUUUCUUUUGCUUUUGUUCCUGUUAGACUGAUUUUUUUUUUCCUUCUUUUGCUCUGAUAUUAGGCAGUGUUUGUUUGACAGGUUUUGCUUGCUUUAACUUCUUUGAAAAAAAAAAAGAAAAGAAAACCACUCAAUCCUACAUGAUUCAAAACUCCACAGGUUUGUCUUUUGAAGAAUAAUUUUAACUGGAAAUAAUGUACAAUACAUUUGCUAGGUUCAUCAACAAUGGGAGAGGAUGCCUUUCCUCAAUUUUUUUUCUUUUAGAGGGAUGAAACUAGCAUGUAUAUAAAAAAUUAUGACUGUGAAUUCUAUGCUCCCAUGAAUUCUUUCAGUACCUGAGAUUGCUGUAUAUUUUAUGAGUAAUGAAUAAAUGAGUUAUUUAAUAAUGAA